AUGAGUGUGCAUUAUCACGGAGUGUGCGCAAACAUCCAUCUCUCUCUCUCUCUCAGACUUCCCCUCUCUCUCUAUCUUCUCUCUUCUCUCUUCUCUCUUCUCUCUUCUCUCUUCUCUCUUCUCUCUUCUCUCUUCUCUCUCUCUCUCUCUCUCUCUCUCUUUUCUCUCUCUUCUCUCUCUCUCUCUCUCUCUCAUACCUUUCUCUCUCACUCUCUCUCUCUCUCUCUCUCUCUCUCUCUGACCAAUUCUCCUCUUUCUCUGCUCUUCGCCAAGCAAGCCACAACGUGGUAUCAGUUUCUUCUUGCUUCUUCUUGCUCAAGAGAACCUGUCAGGAUGAUGAACGCACUGCGUCUGUGUGGUCGCCAAACCGUGGGGAGCCUGCGGCAGGGCGUGGCCCGCGGCUCGGCCCGCCGCAUUCCCUCGACAUUUACCCGGGGCAUGGCCUACCAGCCCGGUGGUGACUCGCACGUCUCCCCGACUCUGAUUGCCGCUGCCACCGGUCUUGCCGGCCUGGCAGGGUACAUGCACUUUAGCGGUAUGGAGCCAAACGUGGUACCCCUCAACCUGCCUGAGGAAGCUGUGGUAGACACUCCGGCGGCGGCGACGCCAUUCCCGACUGAGCCUCAAGCCUCGGAUGCUGUCCCAGCAUCUGAAGCUGAAGCCCAGCCAGCCACCACCGAAGCCCCUGCAUCGGAGGCUGCCGCUGUACCUCCCGCAACCGAGGUGGCCGAGGCAACCGAGGAGGACACGGGCGUCAUUGAAGUGCCGUACCUGAUUAUUGGUGGCGGCACGGCUGCUUACUUUGCCAUGCGAGGCAUCAAGGACAAGGACAAAGAUGCCAAGGCAUGCCACUCUUGUACAACAAAGCGUAUUCUGAUUGUGACUGCUGAGGACAGUGCCCCCUAUGCCCGUACACCAUUGUCCAAGGAACUCUGGUUCCGGGAUGAGGACCGCGACGAUCUUCGCUUCAAGGACUGGAGCGGCCGCGAGCGCGACAUCUUUUACCGCAACGAUAGUUUCUUUGCUGACCCCAAGGAUCUGAACACGGCCGAAUCGGGUGUGGCUCUGUUGAAGAAGACAGAAGCCAAGGCGCUGAGCAUUCGCGACAAGCUCGUUGCGCUCAGUGAUGGCCGAAUCGUCAAGUACAACAAGGUUUUGAUCGCGACUGGUGGUAGCCCCAAGAACAUCCCCGCGCUUGAGGGCGAGGCAUUUGGUGACCGAGUGGUGUUGUAUCGUACGAUUGAGGACUUUAAGCGCCUGAAGGCUCUUUCAGAUCAGGGCAAGACUGUGGCUGUGGUUGGCGGUGGCUUCCUUGGCAGUGAGCUGGCCGUGGCUUUGGCGACCAACGCCAAGAAGCAGGGCUCAAAGGGCACCGUGUAUCAGGUUUAUCCGGAGCAAGGCAACAUGGCCCAGGUGCUGCCCGAAUAUCUUCAAAAGUGGACAACCGCUCGGGUUAGCGAGGUGGGCGUUGCCAUCAAGCCCAACUCGCGAGUGUCCGGGGCUGCCAUCAAGGACGACAAGGUUGAGCUGCGCAUGGAGUCAGGCGAGACAAUGACGGCUGACUACGUUUUGGUCGCUGUUGGCCUCAAGCCCAACACGGGCUUGGCCGAAGAUGCCGGUCUGGAGGUUGACCCCGUCAAGGGUGGUGUCCUGGUCAACUCAGAGCUCGAGGCCCGCCGUGAUGUCUUUGUGGCUGGUGAUGUGGCCAGCUUCUACGAUAUGAGCCUGGGUCGCCGACGUGAGGAGCACCACGAUCAUGCGGCCGUUUCCGGUCGUCUGGCUGGUGAAAACAUGGCCGGUGCCCGCCGCCCCUACGCUCAUCAAUCCAUGUUCUGGAGUGAUUUGGGCCCAAAGAUUGGUUAUGAGGCCAUUGGCAUCAUCGACUCUUCCCUGAAGACCGUCGGUGUGUGGGCCAAGGCCACCGAUGCCGACACUCCCCAGGCGGCUACCCAGCAGGGCAACAUUCGCGCUGGCGUGGACGAGGCCAACCCCAGUGCUGCAUCGGGUCAAGAAGGAUCGGACAAGAAGGUGGCGGGAGCGGCGGCAGAGUCCAAGGGUGAUGCUCCGCAAUUCGGCAAGGGUGUCGUAUUCUACCUGCGCGAUGAUCGCGUCGUUGGCUGUGUGCUCUGGAAUGUCUUUGGCAAGAUUCCAGUUGCCCGCAAGGUCAUCCGCGAGGGCAAGAAGAUUUCAGACGCUUCGGAGCUGCAAAAGAUCUUCAAGCUGCACGAGGAGGAACAACAUUAA